UUCAGCUCUUCAGGUCACAACACAGUCAGUCAAGAGCUUUGUCCUUCAACAUCGUCUUACUUCUCUGAUCCUAAUGAGACCGAAACUCGAUUGGUGCCAUCAAGGAGAAGAAGGGGACUUCGGUCAUGCUCUGAUUCCGGAAUAUCCUCUUUGCUUCCAUCAGACUCUUGUAAGUACCUCACUUGGCAUGAGGUAGACCAACAUGACAUCCAAGGAAGCCAACUGCGCUGCCCGAGAGUGAGAGAAGGACCCUCUGAAGAAGAGUUGUUGUUCAGAGAUGGGGUGCCUUCUGUGCCUCCAAAGAAAAGAAUUCUCAAAAAAAGCAAAUGGAAAACGUGGCUACAAGAAAACUGGGAAGAUUGCACGAAUCUGAACAUUUCAUUUCAGGAUCUGGGGGACCCUUACCAAGUUGAGAAUUCUGAGAGGAUUCUUCGAAGACUAAUUCGAGUCCAAACACUCUGGCUUGUGGAUAAUUCACUGAUGGAUUUAAGUGCCAUACGGUUGCCAAGCUGCAGAGUUCUAAAUCUAAACAAAAACCAUCUUACAUCUUUCAAGCAAUUGCCAAAGAUACCCCAGAUUGAGCACUUAGCUUUGGCUGAAAACAGGAUUGAGACUCUGACUGGCCUCUCCAGCCUACAGCGCACCCCAUUAGAAUCCCUGUUGCUGAAGAGGAACCCUUGUGAGUUUCACCAACAUUAUCGGAAACGAUCCUCCAGUAAGAAGACAGCACAGUUCAAAAGAGAAAGGAUUUAA